CCAGGGGCCGCUCGCGGGUCCGGUCUCCUAGGCAACCAGGCGCUCCGCCCCUCCGCCCCUUUAACCUUUAGGGUCCGCGGGGCCGAGUCCUGCGCUCGCUCCCUUCUCCCCUCCCUUUCCACUCUUCGCCGGGGCUGUCCCGGCCGGAAGCGAAGAUGGCGGCGGCGGCGGGUGCGGCGUCAGCCGAGCUGGUGAUCGGCUGGUGCAUCUUCGGCCUCCUGCUCCUGGCUAUUUUGGCAUUCUGCUGGGUAUAUGUUCGUAAAUAUCAAAGUCAGCGGGAAAGUGAAGUUGUCUCCACCAUAACAGCGAUCUUUUCUCUGGCGAUUGCUCUCAUCACAUCAGCACUUCUACCAGUGGAUAUAUUUUUGGUUUCCUACAUGAAAAACCAAAAUGGUACAUUUAAGGACUGGGCCAACGCUAAUGUCAGCAGACGGAUCGAGGACACCGUAUUGUAUGGUUACUACACCUUAUAUUCUGUUAUAUUAUUCUGUGUGUUCUUCUGGAUCCCUUUUGUCUACUUCUACUAUGAAGAAAAGGAUGAUGAUGAUACUGGUAAAUGCACUCAAAUUAAAACGGCAUUCAAGUAUACUUUUGGAUUUGCUGUGAUUUGUGCACUACUUCUUUUAGUUGGUGCUUUUGUUCCAUUGAAUCUUCCCGAUAACAAAAAUUCUACAGAGUGGGAAAAGGUGAAGUUCCUGUUUGAAGAACUUGGAAGUAGUCAUGGUUUAGCUGCCUUGUCAUUUUCCAUUAGUUCUCUGACCCUGAUUGGAAUGUUGGCAGCUAUAAUCUACACAGCCUAUGGCAUGUCGGCCUUGCCUUUAAAUCUGAUCAAAGGCACUAGAAGCGCUGCUUACGAACGUCUAGAAAACACUGAAGACAUUGAGGAAGUGGAGCAGCACAUCCAAACGAUUAAAUCGAAGAGCAAAGAUGGUCGACCUUUGCCAGCAAGGGAUAAACGCGCCUUAAAACAACUUGAAGAAAGGUUACGAACACUUAGGAAAAGAGAGAGGCACUUAGAAUUCAUUGAAAAUAGCUGGUGGACUAAAUUCUGUGGUGCCCUGCGUCCCCUGAAGAUCAUUUGGGGAAUAUUUUUCAUCUUAGUUGCAUUGCUGUUUAUAAUUUCUCUCUUCCUGUCCAAUUUGGAUAAAGCUCUUCAUUCAGCUGGAAUAGAUUCUGGUUUCAUAAUUUUUGGAGCUAACCUGAGUAAUCCACUGAAUAUGCUUUUGCCUUUACUACAAACAGUGUUUCCUCUUGAUUAUAUUCUUAUAACAACUAUUAUUAUGUACUUUAUUUUUACUUCAAUGGCGGGGAUUCGAAAUAUUGGCAUAUGGUUCUUUUGGAUUAGAUUGUAUAAAAUCAGAAGGGGGAGAACCAGGCCCCAGGCGCUCUUGUUUCUCUGCAUGAUACUUCUGCUUAUUGUGCUUCACACUAGCUACAUGAUUUACAGCCUUGCCCCCCAGUAUGUUAUGUACGGAAGCCAGAACUACCUGAUAGAGAGCAAUAUAACUUAUGAUGCCCAUAAAGGCAAUUCAACCCUUUCUGUGCCAAAGAGAUGUGAUGCAGAUGCCCCUGAAGAAGCUCAGAUCCAGCCUUCCUUUCAUCCCGACAGCUCGUGUUUUCACUUGGAUUGUUUCCUGGUUUGAUGAACCUCUUCCUAAGCUCAGUUGCCUCUGCCAGCCUGCAGUGCACUCAUGUUAUCCCCUUUGUUAAGACCAUUUGGUAAAUAAUUCCUAAUCAUAUCACAAUAAAGCCUGAGAUCCUUAGCCUGUUUCCAGUUAAGAUUUGUGUGUCUAUUGUAUUCAAUAGUAGCAAGACCCUAAUCAGAAACCAAAGUUAGCACGAUCAUGGGCAACCAUGAGAAAGGAAGUGGUGUUCCAAAUAGUCCAAUCUUCUCCCAGUUUUUUUGUCACUAGUCAAACAAAGAAAUUGCUUUAAAAUUCUCUGUGGUACAUGAAUUUUCCCAAAUGCCCUCUCUCUGUAUGCACAUGUAACAUAAGGAUUUGUUUUAUAAGUAAAGUACAAAUAUAGAGUUAAUUAAUUCUAAGCUGAUUUCAAGUGAAGGUGUAACAUGGUGAUGACAUAAUGGUGGCUUAAAUCAGCGCUAAGUAUUGUUUUUCAAAAUAUAUUUAAAGUAGAAGGUGCUGUUUAUUAUAGUUAAUGAGCAAAGUUAUGUUAGUGGCAGUCAGCAUACAUUAACAAUGACAUGACCAGUGGUCUAAAAAGAAACAAGAAAUAAGUAGUAUAAAACCUAUCAGGUAUAUUUAUAAAGGCGGCUGUUACAUGAGAAACAAGUUUAAUUGCACUUUCUGUUAGUUACGCAUCUAGUUUGAUGAUGCGUGAGAACAGAUGGGGGGAGGAUGGUCGAAGCGGGAUUUUGAUUCUAUUCAUAUGCUCCAGGUGCUUUCUUGGCUCUUUUAAUCCUAACCUUUACUGUAUGGCCACUUUGUCUGAAGAAAAAAUUUUGUCUGAACCCCUAUUUUUAGCUUUUCAUUGUAAACAUGCACUCUUUGGUGUAAUUGGAAGUUUAUGUGUCCCUGUGAGGAAUAAGAGCCAGCAGUCUCCUGAACAAUUCCGGAUUUAGAAUGUACUCCCUAAAUUGAGGAAUUCACAUUUACUUUGAAGGCCGAACCAAGUUCGAAAUACUGUAGUGUUUUAGAUAGCAGUAGAAACACCUCUCUAGAUCUCCUAGGUAUCUGUGAUUCAGGUGGGCAGCUGGGAGGUGGCAGAUGGUGUAUUCAGUGUGGAGUUAACACUCAAACAUAAAAUAUAUGCAUGGGGAUUAUUAACUAAAAUUCCUCUGUGGACAUAUGCCACUUUAUACACAUAUAAAUAUAAUGACACAUAUACAUAUAAAGAUAACUUAUAAAAGCUGUUACAUAUUUUUUCAACAACAAAGCAGAACACUUAACGAUGUACAUUUUUUUCUUAUUUUAGAAGGCUUGCAUCAAAUCUCCAGCCUUUGAAAGUGGUAAACAUGUAAAAUAAUGUGAUAGGAAAAAUAUUUAAGAUAUGUUUUUUUGUGGUGGGGAAAAUAAUCAGCAGGUAGAGCCAAUUUGAAAUGUCACUGAGUGGAUUAUUAGACCCCCUGGGAAAAGUGAUUUGAUUCUACCUGCUUUUGCCAGCUCAGCCUUUGUCUUGUAAUCCCUGUUCUGGCCUUGAAAUUUCUGGUUCGCUCAAGUUCUGACCCCCCAAAUACCUUUAGGUAUGGAAAUGAGUAAUAGAACUUUUUAUUUUUUAAGUUUAGAGCAUUAGCAAUGUUGAGAAGGUUGAAUAACUUUUUAAAAACAGGUUUGUG